AUGUCGUCAGGUAGUUUCCUUUCGAGGAUUCUGCCUUCGUCUGAGUCUUUCAAAAGUAAAGAUGCGUUCAUAAAUGCUAUUCGUGUCGAGGACACUCUUGUGGUCGGUGAUAAUAAAUAUGUUGAUGCAGACCCGAAAUGGAUGAAUCAAGAUCUGGAGCCUACUCCGCCGGAAAAGAGAACAUGGGACACAUGGACGUAUAUAUUACUGUAUCUCGGAAUUUCGUUUGGAAACUGGAACCUUGGAUCGACAAUGGUUGGCAUCGGUCUCAACUGGUGGCAGGCGAUCGUAGUCAUAUUUGUUUCUCAACUCAUUUCGUCAAUUGCAAUGGCCUUCAACUCUCGUGCUGCCACAAUGUACCAUAUCGGAUACCCCGCGGUUGCUCGAGCUGUCUUUGGUAUGUACGGUAGCUACUACUUUGUCGCUGCAAGAGCCGCCCUAGCAAUCAUUUGGUUCGGUGUUCAACUAUAUACCGGAUCAUCCUACCUGUCAAAUAUGAUGCGAGCCAUCUUUGGGAGUCACUUUGAGAAUAUCCCAAAUCAUAUCCCUGAAUCCAUGGGUAUCACGACCAAGGGAAUGUUGUGCUUCUUCCUUUUCUGGCUCAUCCAUUUCUUCUUCUGUUUCUUCCGACCCUAUCAGAUCAAGAAGUUUUUCUGGUUCAAGGGAUUCGUCAUGGUUCCAGGUAUUGUGGGUGUCUUCAUCUACUGCAUGAUUGCUUGCCACGGCGAUGUCAGUGGCGCACUCCCGGCUUCUACAAAGGGAUCGCUGGGUUGGUUUAUCAUGCACGCAAUUAACAGUGGAAUGGGAAACACAGCAACGCUGAUCACGAACCAGCCUGACAUUGCACGUUGGAGUACUAGCAAGAAUGCGGCCAUCACAUCUCAAAUAUUUGUUCAACCGAUCGCUGUAACUGUUUCAGCUACCUUCGGUAUCCUGGCAACUGCUGGUAUUAACAGACAGUGGGGCUUGGAACUAUGGAAUCCCUGGGAUCUUCUCGACGAGAUUCAAACGCGCAACAAUCACCCUGGCGCUAGGUUCGCGAUCUUCCUUGCUGCAUUCUGCUGGAUGAUCGGAGUUCUCGGCACAAACAUCGCCUGCAACAUGAUUCCUUUCGGGUCAGAUUCCGCUCUUCUCGUCCCACGCUUCGUCGAUAUGCGCCGCGGAUUUUUCAUCGUGGAGUUCCUUGCCUACGCCAUCGUACCAUGGAAGAUCAUGGCGUCAGCUGCAACAUUUACUACAUUUUUAUCAGGGUAUGGUCUAUUCAUGGCCAGCGUUGUAGCCAUUAUGAUCGCAGAAUACUUCAUUAUGGCUAGGGGUAACGUGUUCGUCCCGCAUCUUUUCAACCCCACCAAGUCAAACGCGCACUACCGGUAUACCGGAGGUUUCAAUAUCCAAGCCAUUAUUGCUUAUAUAUUUGGUAUUGCGUUGCCCUUUCCAGGAUUCGCAGUUUCGCUUGGUGCGUCUGGACUUAACCAAUCAGCCUCAGACAUGUUUGACUUGGGCUGGCUUCUGUCCUUUUUCACCUCAUUGAUUCUUUACCCCCUUAUCUGCUGGGUUUGGCCGACGGAGAACCAGAAAAUGAUUCGUGAACAAGGCUUGACAUUUGAGCAAGAGGCAAAGACAUAUGUGGGGUCGGAUCUUUCCGAAAAUGGACUUGAGGUACAGGUUGUGGAGGGGAAGUUGCAUGGAGGUGAAAAACAAGUAUCACUGUGA